AUGGACAUAUGCCGCCUUCUCAACGCACUAAGUCCCUCGCCAGGCCGGACCACUACCGGUACAGCCACCGCAGCUGCUGCCGCCAACGACCCAACAGACGAUGACUACACUGGGGCUACGAUCCCACAACUGCCACCAUCGCCACUCUUUGACACCUACGAUGGCCUCUUUGCCUUCCUCCGCAACUUCCAUCUUUCUAAUGGCUCCGCAAUAGUGAAAGCCUCCAGCUCCUCAAGGCGGGACAUCGGGGGUAUCAUCCAGCCAAGCUACAUCGUCUUCAAGUGCGACCGCGGCCCGCGACGGACGUCACAAAGCUCGGGUCUCAGGAAGCCGUCAUCACAGAAGCUUGAUUGUCCCGUCAAAGUCACGGCCAAGGCCACCAAUUCGUCUAACAAGAAGUGGACGUAUACGGUAGUUCAUGGCCAGCAUAACCACGGACAGUCCCUUGAUCCAUCGGCGCACAUUGUCUAUCGCCGCCGCACGGUUGCUCAGCGACAAAAGGAGCGAGAGCUAGCCAACGAGAAUGGCAUUAGGGCCCGCGAGAUGCUACCCAAGCCUUCGUCAAGGAGCUUGAGAGCGGGGGUAUUAGUCAGAACCUUGCGCGACGAAGAUGACCGCGUCUGUGCCGUCUUUUGGACGUACGACUGGUGCCGCACAAUGUGGAAGAAGUUUCCGGAGGUGCUCGGUUUGGACAACACGUACAAGACCAACCGCUUUGGGUUACAUCUAUUUCAAGCCACCGGUGUGACGGAUCAGAAGUCCCUGGCCAACUUCGCAUUCGGCCUUAUAAACGGCGAAAAAGAGCACCACUUCCAGUGGUUAUGUGACCGACUUGACGAGCUUCGCAUCGACAUUGGGGCAGACACGCCAGAGGUUAUAAUCACCGACAAGGAACAGGCUCUCCGCACAGCCCUCUCGAACACCUUUCCAGGUGCCCAACAGCAGCUAUGCGUAUAUCACAUCUUGGCCAACGUCCGAGCUAAAAUUAACGCCCGCUGGAAGGACACCGAGGGCGACAAUGACGGCGAUGCUAGUGUUGAGUCUGAUAAUGACGUAAACGCCCUUUCCGCUCAUCCAAGCGACAAACCCGCCAAGCAGCUCCAGCCAGUGCUAGAUCUUGAUGUCACCGCCAGGGGCCGUGUGCAAGACGAGGCAGAGGACGGGCUUGCGAACCCCUCUGAUGACUACAGCCGUGAGGGGAUGUUCAAAGCCUUCCAAACCGUGGUCUAUGCCGUUGAUCACGAUACGUUUAAAGACUCGUGGAAGUCCUUUGUCGAAACUUUCGGCAGGCAGCAACGGCACAUCCUGCGAUAUAUCCAAAAGGAAUAUAUGCCGUGGCGCAAGCAGUGGGUGAAAUGCUACAUUGACCGCUAUCGGAACUUCGGUCAAAGGGUCAAUAGCCCCACCGAGACCGCCCAUGCAGACGUCAAGUCUCACCUUGUGACGGGCACGGGAGACCUCCUUUACCUCCACCAAGCCCUUGUCACGAUGAUUGAUAAGAAGUCCCGGUCCUAUCGCCAAGAGGCCGCGAGACAGAUUCAGCGUCAGCGUGAUCAGUACCUCAAGCAGGCAUGGCUCGGCAAGCUUAACCUCCAGAUCACAUAUCAGGCCAUUGACCUUAUUGCCAAGCAGUAUCGCUUUGCCCUCGCCGCCCUGCCUGAUCAGCGCAAGCCCAAACCGCUACGCGCUUGCACGGGCAACUUCGAGCACCAAUACGGCCUCCCAUGCAGCCAUCGCAUUCUUGAUUGCCUGAUGAGCGGCACGCCUCUGAGACGGAGCCAGAUUGCUAUGCGUUGGUGGCUCGAGAAGCCGUUGAACGCCGAGGAUAAGCUACUUGAAAUUCGCGACCCGGCUAUUGUUAGAAGCGCACGAGGCAGGCCGCGCCUGAAUGCCGACAACAAGAAGCUCAAGGUCCCGCGAUACCUCAAGAUCGCGGAUUACACCUCCAAGCCAGGAAGUGACGCCGAUGAUACGGACGAUGACGAUGCCGAAACCGAGCCUGCACAACGGAGUCAAGGCAGGCAUUCAGCGCGAGGCCGUGGUCUGAGCCGACAGCCUAGUCAGACUGCGGGCCGAGGAACGCGCCGGUUGAACGCGAGCCUUCGCCGUGACCGCUCUCAAUUCGAGCUUGACGAGCUACAGUCACAUGCGUCGCAAUCGUCGCGAGGAAACAAGCGUCGACGAGUCCGUGGCGGAGCGGCUGGACGAAGUCAUGCGGAGGCAUCACAGGCCGAGAGGUCGCCGGCAAACCAGGUCCAAACGUCAAGAGAGUCAUCAGCCGAAAGCUGCAUCAUCAUCCCAGGAAUGCAAUGGACUGUAAUACCAUGA